AUGGAAAUCGCCGGCUUGCCGGACCGGGCGCACAAAUUGCGCAAGGCAUUGCGGGAAGCGGACACCGGUGGUGUCACCUAUGUGCUGAUCGACUGCCCGCCUUCGCUGAAUUUGUUGACACUCAAUGCGAUGGCGGCGGCGGAUUCGAUCCUGGUGCCGCUGCAGUGCGAAUUCUUUGCGCUGGAAGGCCUCAGCCAGCUUUUACAAACCGUGGAGCAGGUGCGCCGCUCGCUCAAUCCGGCGCUCAGCAUCCAGGGCAUUGUGAUGACCAUGUACGACGGGCGCAACAAUCUGGCCAAUCAGGUGGUGGAUGAUGUGCGCGCCCACAUGGGCGACAAGGUUUAUCGCACCAUCAUUCCGCGCAACGUACGCAUUUCCGAAGCACCAUCGCAUGGCAAACCGGCCAUCUUGUAUGAUCUGAAGUGUUCCGGCAGCCAGGCCUAUCUGCAACUGGCUUCCGAAGUGAUCCAGCGCGAGCGGAAUUUGCGUGCGGCAUGA